UGUUUUUGUUGCCGCAUAUAUAAAAUCCCCAUAUUGAACAACAAAAUUAAGAAGAAGAAAAGUUUCAAAAUUCGGAAAUGGAGAAAUCGAGUUUCUUAUGCCAUUGCCGUCUCCUCCUCCUCCUCCUCCUCCUCCUUAUCGGCCUUUUCAUUCAACAAGCAGCCUCUUCUUCCAACAAUCAAAAAAAGGCUUACAUUGUUUACUUUGGGGAGCACCAUGGAGAAAAGAGUAUAGAAGAGAUAAAAGAAAGACACCAUUCAUAUUUGAUGUAUGUAAAAGAGAGCGAAGAAGAUGCAAAAUCUUGUCUUCUUUACAAUUACAAACAUUCCAUCAAUGCCUUUGCUGCAAUUCUUACUCCUCAGCAAGCCUCCAAACUUUCAGACUUGGAUGAAGUGGUGAGUGUGAUAGAGAGUAAAAAGUAUAGGAUGGAGACAACAAGGUCAUGGGAGUUCUCAGGGGUUGAAGAAGACAAACCCACCAUUAAUGACUUGGUUUCUAGAGCUAACUAUGGAAAAGAUGUUGUCAUUGGAAUGCUCGACAGUGGUGUGUGGCCAAAGUCCAAAAGCUUCAGUGAUAAAGGGAUGGGACCCAUUCCAAAAUCAUGGAAAGGAAUCUGCCAAACAGGACCUGCCUUCCAAUCUGCUCAUUGUAAUAGGCCCCAGCAGCCAAUUGGUUGCCACCACCGAAGGCUGUUGGUAGCCUGCAGCAGCUGCUAUACAGAGAAGAUAAUUGGAGCUCGAUAUUACCUAAAGGGAUACGAGCAUCACUUCGGCCGUUUAAAUAAAACGGCGGACUACCGAUCACCCUGCGACAAGGACGGCCAUGGAUCUCACACAGCCUCCAUCGCCGGCGGCCGGAGGGUAUACAACGUGUCGGCCUUUGGUGGCGUUGCUUGGGGCACGGCCUCCGGCGGUGCCCCAUGGGCCCGCCUUGCAAUUUACAAAGUUUGUUGGGCCAUUCCCAACCAAAUGAAAGCUUUAGGAAACGUUUGUUUCGACACCGACAUGUUGGCUGCCAUGGACGACGCCAUCGCCGAUGGUGUCGACGUUCUCAGCUUGUCUAUUGGAAAAUCGGAACCGUACAAUUACACGGAUGACGGAAUGGCUAUAGGAGCUCUGCACGCGGUUAAAAAAGACAUUGUUGUGUCUUGUAGUGCUGGGAAUUAUGGACCUACGCCGUCGGCGUUGUCUAAUGUCGCGCCGUGGAUUAUCACUGUUGGAGCUAGCACUGUGGAUCGGGAAUUUUAUUCUCCGGUCAUUCUCGGUAAUGGGUUGAAGAUUAAGGGAUUGUCAGUGGCUCCAUCGAAGUUGGAGAGGAAGAAGAUGUAUCCAUUAGUGUAUGCUGGAGAUAUAAUGAACCCUCAUGCACCUCGAAACCAAUCUGGGCUAUGUGUGGCAGGCUCGCUUUCACAUGAGAAAGCCAAAGGAAAAAUAGUGUUAUGCUUUAGAGGUGAAGGAAUCAGCCGAUUCGCAGGCAGCCUCGAAGUUCAAAGAUCGGGUGGCGCCGGAAUGAUACUCGGAAACGUGCCAGCGGUAGGACGAAGGCCCCACGCCGAUCCCCAUUUUGUUCCCGCCACCGCCGUGUCUUACGAAGAUGCAAAUAUAAUCCUCAAAUAUAUAAAAUCUCGCAAAAAUCCAACUGCAACUAUUGUUCCACCUGUCACUAUCUACGGCUCCAGGCCCGCGCCGGCCAUGGCCAACUUCUCAAGUCGAGGUCCAAACCCUAUCGACCCUCAUUUUCUUAAGCCGGACAUAACAGCUCCGGGAGUGGACAUAUUAGCAGCAUGGUCCGAACAAGAUUCCCCAACUAAACUCCCUAAAUACUUAGACCCUCGUAUCGUCCAAUACAAUCUCUACUCCGGCACUUCCAUGUCUUGUCCCCACGUCUCCGCCGCCGCCGCCCUCCUCCGUGCCAUCCACCCUACAUGGUCCCAAGCCGCCAUCCGCUCCGCCCUCAUGACCACCUCCACCACCAACAAUAAAUACGGCCAACCCAUCACCGACGACUCCACCCUCGACAACUCCCCCGCCACCCCUUUCUCCUUCGGCUCCGGCCACUUCCGUCCCUCCAAGGCUGCCGACCCCGGCCUCGUCUACGACUCCAAUUACACCGAUUACCUCCAUUACCUGUGCGGCCUCAAAAUGAACUCCAUUGACCCUUCCUUCAAGUGCCCUCCACGUGCUCUCCAUCCCCAUGACCUGAAUUACCCUUCCAUUGCCGUCCCUCAACUCAGAAACGUCGUGAGGAUCAAAAGGACGGUUACUAAUGUGGGCGGCGGAGGUAAAAAUGUAUACUUUUUUAAGAGCGAAGCGCCGCGGGGUGUGGCGGUGAGUGCUUCUCCAAAUAUAUUGUAUUUCAAUAGAGUUGGGGAGAGGAAAAAAUUUACAAUUACUAUUAGUAGAAAAGUAAAUAAUAACAAUAGAAGUAGUAAAAAAGGCGAAGAUUACUCUUUUGGUUGGUUUGCUUGGAGUGAUGGGAUUCACUAUGUUAGAAGCCCAAUUGCAGUUUCUUCUACUUAAUUUUUUCCCCAUAUUAUAGAUAAUAAACAAUUUAGUAAUAUUUAUAAUAUCUUAUAUAUUUUAUCCUC